AAGAUUUGAACCGACCGAAAAGGUUAUUUGUUUCUUCAAAUGAAAUUGUGAUUGAUUUUUUUCGAACUACUCAAUGUCCUAAUUUCAUCCGAAUUGAGGGGCAAAGCUGAAUCUGGAAACUUACUACUGAUAUUGGAAUGUUUUUGGUAUAUGUUGGUAGUGAUGUCUGCCGCUCCUAUUAUCAAAUGUCAAAGUCACGUCAGCUUGCACGUGCAGAGUCAGAGAUAGACUCGUUGCGUCAAAGCAGCGAUUCAAUGAGAAGGGGAUACGAAAGGGAAGUUGCUGAAAUGAAAAUUGAGAACAGCGUCAUGAAGGACAAAAUGGAAAGAUUGAACGAAUUGUCGGCGGAGAACCUUAUGCUGGCGUCUGACGCCGCAGAUUUGCAAGGCGAGCUGUGUGAGCUGAGAGAAGAGGCGAGAGAUUUACGGAAUCGUUGUCAUGAGCUUACUGAAGAUAAUAGAGGCCUAAAAAUGGAAGUUCGAGAUCUCAGACGACAUAUUGAUGCCAUUUCGAAAAACCGAAAUGUCGACCCAAGGCAAGAACUUAUUGAAAAGAUCGACUAUUACCAAUCCGAACACGACAGAUUGCUAGAAGAGAUUCGUUCAUUGAAGCAGAGACUUGGUGACGUCACUCCUCGGAGUCCAAGAGCUCGUAGUCCUUGCUUGAGAAGUUCUAGUCCGCAAAGAUCUUCGAGUCCACAUAGAUCGUGCAGCCCUAGACGAAGUUCACCGUCAAGAUCUCAGCAUUCUUCUUCGUCGAAGGGUGUCCGUUUUUCCGAUACACAACCAGAGAGAACCGCGGCAGGAGAUGCACUCGCGGCAGUAACGGCUACUAUGCAUGCAGCAGAACGUGUGAUGAGAGACAAGAACAUGUCGCCAUCGGUUGCGCUUAACCUGAGAGAUUUAACUAUGGACAGAUAUCAAAAGCAUAUGGAAGGAGAAUCUCCUCGUUCAUUGGACAGCGACAGCACUGAAUUUCUUCUUAAGCCAAGCUGUUCUGAAAACGGAUCUAAGAAUAUGACGUCAUCAUCAUGUGCACGUCAGUUAAUGGUUGAUGACGAAGACGAUGACGUUGAAUUCAACGAAUCAAGCAAGCCAAGAAUAGUGAAUGGAACGACUCGAUCGAGUGAGAUUGAUAUUCUUGAUUGGCUCAAGAAACACGGUUCCCCAGGGCGAUCCCGGGAUUGUUCAAGAAGGUCUGGUGGCGGAAGAAUCACUCCAACAUCUCGUUCUAGAUCAACAUCCCCUCCUCUUGGUGCAGCCGGGUAUCGAUCCAUCAGCCCUCGGACCAGAGCUCAGAGAUCUGUCAGCCCCUGCAAUAGAGGACAGAGAUCCUGCAGUCCACGUAAUAUGUCGUCACAAACGAAGUCUUCUAAAUGCUCAACUGAGUAUCCUCCAGAAAUCAGUCGGUCACUUCCAAGACGUGCAUUUGCGCCAAGAAAUCCAUCCGAUCUCAAGUUAGGAUAUGCAAUUAAAUUCACAAGGCCCGGUGGAAAAGUGAGUCGUGGCAACGUGAAAUACGUCGGUCAUCUACCGGGAAGAUCGGAAGUAUUUGUCGGAGUUGAAUCAGAUAAUUUUGACGGGAAGCAUUGUGGAACGUUUCAAGGCUCGAAGUAUUUCAGUUGCCCACCAAACAAAGGAAUAUUUGCUCCGUUCAGCAAGAUUAUAAUGGCUUGGGAAUAAAUAGAAUAUAUCACAUCUAUACAAACAAAAGAACGGAAAAAAUACCGUGGAAAUUAAAACAUAUCAAAGCUUAAAUUAUCUAAAUACAAUUCUAUUAUUUUUAUAUUAUCCGAACUUCUUGAUUGCGAUUUCUUUUAAAUAUAGUGUGGCUGUAAAUGGCUGUAGUAUUUAAUUAUGGGUCAUGAUCCUUAAGUGAUGGUAUUAUGAUGUCAUCGUUUUAUGUCGUCAUGCUUUAUGACGCCACGUUUCUACUUUAUAUCUCUUACUUGAAAUUCCUAAUAUGGCAAUAGUCCCAAUCGCUCACUUAAAGCAGUAUCCCACGGAAUCGGAAACUCUAUUAGCAUACAGAAAUUGAGGAAUAGCAUUUACGAUUGUCACACAGUAAGUAUUUGUAAAUGUAGGUAAUCCAUAAGGAUAAUUAAGGAUGAUUUUUACUUUUAUAUUUCAGUAACUGAACUGAAGCUUUGUACAUAGCCUUAUAUUACUAGUGUAGUGUUUAAUUUCUAUAUUUUUUCGACACUGUAAUUAUUCCCAAUAUGAAUACUAGUGUGGCUUAGGAAGUUAGUUCAGCUAUCUUUUUAUAUGUUUAUCUUAUGAUUUUUUUUUUACUUUCAAACUCAAAUUCCAACCAGAUAGCGCAAAUAGCAAAUAAGUUUUAUAUUUUAACUUAGCAACACCUGUUAUUUUGAUUUAUAUAAUAUAAUAUGUGAACGGAUAUAUGGUAGAAAAUAAUAAAUAACCGCGUACAGAAUAAUUUUGGUCAAUUUUCAGAUAGACUUUUAAAUUAAUAUAUAAUUAGUGUUCAACAAUUAAAACUUAUAAUUGCCACUUUGUGUAUGAACAAAUCUAUUUUUGUCGAAGGAAGGACGCGUCGAUUAAACGAUCAAAAAGUAAUGCUAUUGGAAAAGAUUUUGCGGUUUCCGAAAAUUCUUCUCAAGAAGAAUAUAUAAAUGGUCAUUGUUAGGGUUGCAUUUUGCCGUGAAGUGAUAAACUUUAUUAACAGUAAACGUAUUGUGUAGCUCACUUAAAAUCAAACUUGCUAUCAAAUGGCAGCCCGUUCAAUACACCUGCGUGGAGUCCAUUCAAAUGGCGAUUGGGACCAUGAAACUAUUCCUACAAAUAUUCUAACUAUGUGGAAUAUUUCUCAUGGAAGGUGGAAUCUUUCGAAGUAAUAGUUUUCUGAAUGGAAUUUACUUAGUACUGUAUUAAUUAUUAGACAAACUGUAGGAUCGGUGGUCAAUAUACUUGUCUUCGUGAAAGUUAUUAGGUGCUGGUGGCGUUGAAAGUUUGGGAAUGCCUCGUUAUAUUAUCAGAAGACUUACCUAGUUGACACAAUGUAUGGUUAAAUUUGUUCUCCCAUCAUAAAUGUGAACUACUUGUCUGAGAAAGGCUGAGUAUUAGUCAGAUUGAACGUUACACUAGAAAAUUUAGGAUGGUGUGAUGUAAGACUUUAAACAAUUCAAUAUGUUUUAUAUCUGUUUGUAGACUAAUUUGAAAUGAUCUCCCUCACUGUUUUCGUAGCAUUAUAUUCACCUUUUACAUGUUUAAUACAAUUUAAAUUAGAUUUAUUUUUAAUUUUUCAUAGUAAUUUAAGUUUUGUAAUUUAAAUUAAAAAAAUAUACCCAAUAAAAAUUUGUUUAAUUUUUUUUGUGUUUUAACCAAUAUUUUGAUAUCUUUUACCCAUAACCCAUAUAUUGUUGCAGUAAAACCAAAUUUGCUUAUGUCACAUUUUAUGGUUCUGAGAAAAAACGCAAUUUUGUGUUAUUUUUAAAUCUGCACAGCCAAACCUGAAAAUAGACAUAAUACUAAAAAAUGUACAUCUUUUGAACCCAUGCUCUUGGUCCAUAUUGGCAGAAGCCUAUCUCUGAAAAAUGUGACAUCAGCUAUACUUCGGUUUUACUGCAGCAAUGUACACUUUCGAAAUAACAUAAAAAAAUUCUUUUCAACGAAUUUUAAGACUACACUAAGCUUCCCAUUUUUAUUGUAAUAAGUCCUGAUGAAUUUUUUUUCUCAAUUUUUUUAAAAAUCGUAAUUAUUUUUUAUAUCAAUUCACGUAGAUAUAAUUUGCGUUAUUUAACUUUUUAUUAUGUGUUUUAUUCCGAGUAGUAGUUUAUAAAUUCUAGCAAUAAAAUGCUCAACUAUAUAGUCCUUUGCGCCGGUAGAAGUGUUAUGUUAUCGUAGCUUCAUUUAUCACCAAUAAGGCACGUUCUUAUCUCCACUGUGACGCUUAAAUUUAUUAGAAAUUUUGCGUUUUGUAGGCUCGACUUGAAAAUAGCUUUGUUUUACUUCUAGCUCAGCUACUUCUUAUCCCAAUCCUCUUCGAAACUUGUAAUAGCUAUGAAAGUAUUCGAUAAGCAAAACUUAGAUUUCAAUGACGGACAGAAAUAUUCAAAUCCUAAGGUAACGUCAAAGACCUUUAUCGAGUCGAUUUAAUUUUUUGAAUUUUAGGGUAUUUUCGCAAUAACUAAAAAUAUUUAAAAUAUGAUAUUCAUUUUGUACAGAACCCGCGUCAAAAUUUCCAGCUUAAUGUUAUAUUCAUCCAGCGAGACUUCGAUUAUAAGGCGAACAGAAUUGCCAAUAUCGUCAAACACUUCAUUGCGUCCUUUUUUUGAGGUUUAGAGUACUUUUGCAAAAAAUUUAUCGAAAAUGAUAUUGUUUUUUUAAUUGUAUUGAUAUCUUUUAAUACCAAUAUUCCGGUAUUAUAUUAUUGUAAUAUAGAUUCUACAACCUGACAUAGAUAUGAAUACCUGUUUUUAUCAUACCAUUAGCAUAAAUGAGUGAAUACUAUAAUUUUAUUUUGUAGAAGAACCAAUUUUUCAUUUUAUCCUCGAUGGUAAAACAUAGAGUAGUGAGUUCGGGACAUGUGGAUCAUAUUUGCCAAACUAUUGUAUAUCCUACAUAUCGAUGGAAACGUAUUGUUAAUAAUUACAAUACAGUACAGUAUUAUUUUAUAUGAUAGACACCCUAGUAAUGAAACUUAAUUUCAAAUUUCUAUGUGUAUUUAAUUUUUAUUUUAUGCCCUGCUUUGAUUCUGAAUUAGUUUUUGUCGAAAUAUAAACUAACAGUGUGCUUGGCAUGAAACCAUAUAAGAAGCUAUUCUAUAACGUAUAUUUUUAUACCUUUUUAAAUUCAAUUUGGGUCUAUAAACAUUACAAAAACAAUUUUGAUAUCAAUAUACAUGUUAGCAUGUUUCUUGCUUUUCAUUAAAGCUUUUGUGCCAAACUAGUUAACCGGUAUCUUUUAUAUUAUCAAGCGUAUAUCGUCAUUAGAUUUGAUCGCACUGUUUCAAAACUUUAUACUAAUUUGACAUUAUGUAUCGUUAGCCUAUAAUGACUCAAAUAGCGUUUAUAAAAAUAUAUUUUCUAUACAUCAA